CAGAGGGGAAUGGUUAAUUUAUAAUGAGAGUAGAAAUGAAUGUGAAACCAAAGGUGGUGCCAACUUUUGCUUAUUACCAAGAAUUUCAGGAGGUAAUUAAUUGAUAAGAGAAUGAGAAAAAGGUUGAAAACUUGAAGUUGUUGCAAAUAGGAUGGGGUAUAAUAUUGGAGGUAGUGAGGAAGCUUGAUUUUCUUUGUGCCAUUUUCCUUUAGGUGUGAGUGCAGGAAGAGUCUCGUAGAAAGUGGGCCCCUUUUCUCCUUUAAUGCAUCUUUGGAUUCCCUCAAAUCCUCUAUUUCAUCAUAAAAAACUGAUACCAUCGGCAAAACCAUUUUCACCCAACCUGCAACUCACCAAGACAUUAAAUUGAGGAUCUGGCCCUUCAAAUAGCCGGCCUUGGGGUUCAAUUUUUCUUUCAAUUGAGUUUUAUGAUUGAAGCAUUCCUAUUUUCGGAUUUAUAAGGCAUCUUGUGAAUGCAAAGGUUAUUAUUAGAAUCAGAACUACUCCGAUUCAUACUUUGAGCAGAGUAUACAUGAAUACCAAUUUCAUGGUCAUAGUCCCUAAGAUCCAAACACCUUGUUAGAGAAUUCUAAAAUUGCUGCUGUGGAUAGAAAAGCAACGGGCACUCUUGGUCUUAAAUUGCUUCUUACAGCUGCCAAGACAUCAGAGCUUUCUACAAUAUCUCAGCUGUUUUCAUCCGUACCUGCGUUUUCUUUCCGGUCUUAAAUUCUGCAUCCUUUUUGGAUUCAUUACUGAACAAGGAUUCCAAUGAAGGUUUCUCAUUGGGAGUAACAGGGAUAUUGGUAAAGGUCUUGAGAGAAAAUCGACAAAUCAACUUAUUUACUGAAGAAGAAGGUGGUUGAUAUUGGUGCACUCAAUCAAGAAUCUAGGAAAGUAUCUAGACAGAAGUACUUAGCUUCAUUAAACAUAAACAAGAGCUGAAAAACAUUCUAUGGAUGCAAGCAGUGGUAGCACAGGUGGGUCAGUGGAAUCAGAAGUCUGCCAAUUCAGUGACGAGGAUCUGCUGGUCUCGGUGUUUCUUAAAAACAAGAACUCCUUAACUACUGGUGGAAGUUCAACCUGGAACUGUGAGCCUAUGAACCCAAAAGGUCGUUCCAGGUCACACAUAAGGAGCCUGAAGACAGUUCCAAGGCACUCACAGAAGAGAGCUUGGUCUUCCACAGGCUCUAGAACAGUUUUUUCAUGGCUACUUCAUUCUGGAGUUGUAGCCCUUAAUGAAGUGAUCCAACUCCGGCGUCCAGAAGAUGAUGCCAUGCUAAAAGAGGCUAUACUCAUUAGAGAUGGACUGAUAUGCCUCUGUUGCAAUGAGAUAUUUUCCAUCUCACAGUUCGAGACUCAUGCUGGUAUGACAUCGAAAUGGCCGGGCAUGAAUCUUGUCUUGGAGUCUGGGAAGCCACUAGCCUUAUGCCAGCUUGAGGCCUGGUCAGCAGAGUACAAGGCUAGAAAAGUCCCCCUGGAAUCUAGUCAGAUCGAUGAGGGUGACGAUCUUUGUGGGCUCUGUGGUCUUGAAGGUGAGCUGGUGUGGUGUGACAAUUGCCCCGCUACUUUCCAUCAAGCAUGCUUGUUUGAACAGCUUCCUGAGGGAAACUGGUAUUGUCCGCAAUGUCGUUGUCAGACUUGUUGGGAUGUGGUCAAUACUAAAGAUCCUUCACACACUCCUGGGACCCUGAAAUGCUCAAUGUGCAAACACAGAUAUCAUGAGACAUGCCUGAACGGGAAGCAUGCGAACAUCAAAUUCAUCUCGGGUAACUGGUUCUGUGGAGAAAGCUGUUAUGAGCUCUGUAGAGGUCUUCAGUCUCGCCUUGGGUUGACGAAUAAUCUCUCUGAUGAAAUCUCUUGGAGACUUCUACGUUGCAUUAACGGUGACCGGAAAGCAUAUUCUCCGGCCUUUGUUGCCUUAAAAGCUGAAUGCAAUUCUAAGUUGGCUGUUGCCAUCACACUCUUAGAGGAAUACUUUCUUGAAAUGGUGGAUAAGAAAACAAAAAUUGACAUGAUACCUCAAGCCAUAUACAACUGGGGAUCAGAAUUUAAUCGUCUGAACUUCGAAGGCUUUUAUACUGUUGUCUUGGAGAAAAAGGACAUUGUGGUGUCAGUGGCGUCCAUCAGAAUCCAUGGGGUACAAGUAGCAGAGUUACCUUUCAUUGCAACUUGCAGCAAAUUCCAUGGGCAGGGAAUGUGCCGGCUCCUUGUUUCUUCUAUAGAAAUGAUGCUAAGAUCAUUGGCGGUUAGGAAGCUAGCUGUACCUGCUGCCACUCCUGAGUUAGUCGAUAUGUGGACAAAUAAAUUUGGUUUUCAACACUUGAAUGAGGAUGAUAGAGGAAGUCUAAGGAGGGUCAACCUGAUGCUGCUUCCAGGAUCCACCUGGCUUCUGAAAACUUUGUAGCGUUUAACCCUACUGUGAAUAAAAAAUUGCUGAGAACUCUUCAUUCUUCCGAAAUCUGAUCCACGUGCCUUAAAGAUGCCUGAUCUUUCAGCUUUUCUAUCAUUAAUUCAUCAAGAACUGAUGAAUCUCCUUUCUUGUGAAGAAAAUAACAAUCUGCAGAUCCAAGCAGCUUUGAUAAGGGGGAGGUGCAACCUCCAUGGAGCAUGGAAAACCUUUUUGUUUGUAAAUCUGUAUUAAAAGUUGAAAUAGGAAUAGAGAAUGGUAGCUUAGAGAAUUUGCAGUCUAGGAGGAACAACCUUGUGGUAUUUUGCAAGGAAGUUUGUGUUACAAUGUACAGGAGAUUCGUGAUGUUGGAGUUUGUUUCAACAUAGAAUUGGAAGUACACUUCAGGUUGUUUCUAGUUAAAGAAUUGAGAUUGAAGUAAGAUGCUAACUAUACUGAUUCUUGCUCAUUAUGUGCCUUCUUUGUGUAGUUGAUACAGCCAAUCCUCUGAUAGAACUAAUUUCAAAUUAAUAGUUGGCGCCACGAUUGUUACUUUGGA